GCCCCACGUACGUGCUCAUUUUUUUCUUCUUCUCUCAGUAAGCACCACCUUGGCGAUUACCUGACCAGCGGGUCUCUCGAGCUCUGAGGUAUUUGAGAGUGUUUAAACAGCCCGUGGACGAGGGAGUGGCUCAACCCCCAAUUUUCGACCAUGGUAGAAGACUUUUCAUCCGAUGAGGCCACAAGGCCGCGGCCUGCCGAUGGGGAUGUUGAGAAGCAGGUGCCCGUCUUAGAAGAGACGUUACAAAAGGGACCGCCGAGUGACGCCAGCUCAACCAAUCUCUUCUAUCGAAUUCUCGCCAAGGGUCGCGUUGAGGGUCGUGGUAUCGUCCCUGUGCCUCCAGAGGAGCGCACCUCUACCCGCUUCUUCAAUGUCUUCACGAUAUGGCUGUCGGCGAACACCAACAUCCUCGCCGUCACAUUUGGCAUGCUUGGGACACUGGUAUACGGCCUAAGCCUGCGGGACGCGUCACUCGUCAUUCUCUUCUUCACCCUCCUUUCCUCACUUGCACCUGCAUACCUUGGCACCCUCGGGCCAAAGACAGGCAUGAGGCAGAUGAUACAGGCGAGAUAUAGCUUCGGGCGAUAUCUCGUCUCCAUCCCCGUCCUCUGCAACCUCGCGACGCUGACCGGCUUCACCGUCAUCAUCUGCGUCGUGGGGGGCCAGUGCAUCGCGGCCGUAAACGGCAGCGUCAGCCCGGACGUGGGCAUCGUCAUCGUCGCCCUGUGCGGCAUGACCAUCUCCUUCUUCGGCUUCAAGGUCCUGCACUGGUACGAGACCGUCGCCUGGGCACCGUCCCUGCUCAUGCUCGCCGUCGCCACAGGCUGCGGCGGGCCCCAGCUCCGGCACCAGGCCGUCCCCGCCGCCCCGGCCUCGGCCCCCGCCGUGCUCUCCUUCGGCAUGAUCGUCGCCUCCUACAUGAUCCCCUGGGCCUGCCUGGCCUCCGACUUCACCACCUACUUCCACCCGUCGGCCCCGACCCGCCGCAUCUUCGCCUACGGCUACCUCGGCGUCGUGAUCCCCACCGUCCUGCUCAUGACCCUGGGCGCCGCCAUCGGCGGCGCCGUGGCCUCGGUGCCGGCCUGGAGCGACGCCUACGACGCCAACAUGGUGGGCGGCGUGCUCGCUGCCAUGCUCGAGCCGGCCGGCGGCUUCGGGCGGUUCGCCGUCGUGGUGCUGGCGCUGACGCUCCUGGGCAACGUGGCCUGCACCAUGUACGCCAUCACGCUCAACUUCCAGACGCUCGUGCCGGGCUUGGCGCGCGUGCCCCGCUACGUCUUCUCCAUCGUCGUCACCGCCGUCGUCGUCCCCGUGGCCAUCCGCGCCGCCGCCGACUUCUUCGACAAUCUCGAGAACCUCGUGUCGCUCAUCGGCUACUGGUCGGCCGCCUUCGUCGGCGUCUUCGGCGCAGAGCACUUUGUCUUCCGGCGGGGGGACGCCGCCGCGUAUGCGGUCGCCGCCUGGGAUGACGCCCGCCUGCUGCCCGUCGGCGUCGCCGCAGUCGCGUCGGCGGUCCUCAGCUUCGCGCUCGUGGUGCCAUGCAUGGACCAGGUGUGGUGGACGGGGCCGAUCGCCAGGACGACGGGCGAUAUCGGGUUCGAGGUGGCGUUUGUUCUGAGCGCGGGGUUGUAUGUCCCGCUGCGGUGGCUGGAGCGGAAGUGGUUUAGCCGGUAAGAAAUAUGGCCGGUCGACACAAGUUUUGGAAAGGGUUUAUGGGUAGUACAGUACAAGGGCUAAUUAGAGGUUCUGAUGAUCGGGCGUCUUGUUUUGGGAGACCUCGCAGCGUUUAUAUGUGCGCGUUCGGGGAGGUGUUUUGAGGCUUCAGCUUGUCAACUAGUGAGGAAACCACCCUUCGGAAUCCCGAGGACUAGGAAGUGUGUGGGUGGGUUGCCUUUAAAUAUCCAGGCUAUAGACCUACACUCGUGAGUUUAUAAUGAAGGCGACGAGGAGCACUAGAUUCAACCGCCUUUGGACUGGGGAAGCUAUAAAUGAGAUCCCACAAAAAGGGAGAAGCUGAGGAGUUUGGCUGUCCACG